GCGUGUUCCUUGAUCCUGUGCCGAUCUUCCUCACUAUUAGUAAGUUCUAUUCCCAGUCCAGCAGGAGAUAAGCAGAGAAGAAUAGUCAGAGAAACAGGUGGAGAUCUGUCCAGAUUCAGUGGACAUCCUCACUCUGAAUAUCGAUCUACUACGUAAAUCCCACAAACUUAAUUGUACCUGAGUAAGUAUCCGGCUAAAGUAGAAAAUAGUCAAAACCUCCAGUUCAUGCGCGUCUGUUGUUGCGGUCAAUAGCUUCGUAUCUCCAUAUUCAGUCGAACAACCUUGGUGAGAUGCUUCCCUAGCAAGCCAUGGGUUGGGUGUACAAUCUCAAAACCCCCGAUCCUCACAGCCAGGUCCCCCGCGUUAUUGCCAUCUGCCUGGUUUUCCCCAUUGUUGCCUUUCUUGCCGUUCUUUUGCGACUGUACGUGCGCAUCCACACCAAGCGCGCUGGAUGGGUCGAUGAUUAUGCCGCACUGUCCAGUUCCAUUCUGGCUAUCGCCUAUGGCGCCAUAGCCAUUGUGCAAUCGCGAUGGGGUCUGGGACUAAAUGCCAAAUACUUUCCCAAGGAAAAUGUCGUGCCGUUCAGUAGGGUCCAAUAUGCUGGCGGCCCCGUCUACACGCUGGCCCUGCUAGGCUUCAAAGUCUCGCUGUUGGCCUCGUAUCUCCGUAUAGGCGGGUUCGUCAAGGCUUACCGUAUCGUCAUCAUCGCCGUCAUUGUCGCCUGUGUCUGUAACCAGCUGGCUUUUACGUUCGUUUUGUGUUUCGCCUGUCGUCCGAUAGCCAGGCAAUGGGAUAUGUCUAUCCAAGGCAGCUGCAUCGAUACUGUCGCAUCUUACUACGCACUCGCAGGGACGAGUCUCGCCUUCGACUGCAUCAUCAUCGCCCUCCCCCUCCCCGUCCUGAUAACCCUCCGCCUCCAACGCCGCCAAAAAGCUGCUCUCGUCGCCGUCUUCGCCCUCGGCUUCUUCGUCACCAUCAUCCAAAUCAUCCGCAUUUUUACAAUCAAGGACCUGAAGACUUAUACAGAUAGCCAGCCUAUCGUCCUUUGGUCCCUUAUUGAAAUUAGUCUUGGUGUAAUAAUCUCCUGCAUCCCAACCUACGGCCCCCUCUUCCACUCCCUCUCCCUAACCUCCUCCACCCACCGCCGCCGCCACGCGAACGGCUACCGAUCGCAAUCCUACCGCCUGACUUCGCCCUCGACCCGCCCUCCCGGCGGAGGCUAUAUCCAUGGCUCCGGCUCCCGUCCUUUCGAUAGUAGUAUCCCCGCGACGACGACCAUCAUGUCGACAGCCGCAGAGCGGGAUCGAGAACGAGAUAAAGUCUCCUCGGACGGGGACUCGGAGGAGAGGAUACUUGCGCGGUGUGCGCAUAUCAACGGGCCGUCGAAUUCGCAUUCGCGGGGCCAAGGGAGCGAGAGUGAGACGACGCUGGCGGAGUUGAAGGGGAUGAGUGAGAACGGGAUUCAUACGAUGACGGAGGUGAGGGUUGAGAGCCAUAGUGUGAAGGGCUGUGGGUGGACUAGUGAUUGAUGGCGUUUUUGAUACCCAUGUAUUUACAAAGUAUAGAACUACACCUUUUUGUUUCUGCUAAUGACGGUA